GGAACAGAUACACCUGUAAAAAAUGAAGAAAUUGAAUUUAAAAGAGCGACAGAAGCACUUCUAUGAGAAGUUGUUUUACAUUUAUCUACUUUUAUUAUUAUUGUCGUCAAUCGUCUACGUGCUACAGAUCAAAUUUAUAUUAAAAAAAUAUUAAAAUAUUGUCGAAAUACUCCGAAUAAGAAAAGUGUUAUUAUUGUUCAUAAUUUUGUUGAUAUUGAAACAAUUGAAGAUCUAGACAAAAUUAUUGAAAAUGAAGUUAAAAAGAUUUUUGGGGCAAAAUUAGAAACAUUACAAUUAGUAGUUAAUCGUACUGCCAAAUCAAUCAAUUAUUUUACAUCGUACCAAAGUGGUAUUGAUGUACGACAUUAUAUUUUAGCAAAAUCUCGUUCUAAUGCAGCUGAUCAUUGGAAUAAACAAACACUUGAUGGGAUUAUGAAUUUACUUCAAAAUUCUGAAAAUAAACAAAGUCUUGAUAUUAUUAAUGAUAUGAUUCAUUUUAUUAAUACUAAACUUCCACAAUUAUUCAAACAAGAUAAUCAUUAUCAAAAUAAUUCUACUUCACAAAAUAUAGAAAUUGUACAACAUAAUAGUCAACCUUAUAUUGUACAUUCUGAUCGACAACAUCGUGAAGAUCUUUUAAAAGAUCCUCUUUCAUUGGAAUUAGCAGAAAAACUUGUUUAUGAUGAUGCAGGAUAUUUUAUUCGAAAUGAAAGUGGACAAUGGCAACCUCGUUAUAAUCUCUAUGAUGACAAAGAUAAUCAUUAUUUAGUUGUUGAAGCUGCAGGAUUUAGAAAAGGUGAAUUAAAAACAUCUCGAACAGACAAAUCAAUUAGUAUUGAAGGUACUCGAUCUGAUUUAACUAAAGGAAUGAUUAAUCCUACUAUUCGUCAAUCUGAUAUUCCAGUUGGAUCAUUUAAAUUGAAUAUACCAUUCAAAAAAGAUAUUAAUCCUGAUGGAGUAGAAAUAGAACGUGACGAAGGUUUACUAAGAUUUACGAUUCCCAAGAAAAAAACAAAUCAAAUAGAUGAAGCUGUGUAA